AUGAAACGCCUGGGAGAGCGCUUUCAACAACGCCGGCAGCAAACUGGGUCGCUGCAGCAGCAACUAGCCAGCAGCAGCAAUACAAGCAGCAGCAGCAGCAGCAGCACAAACGUAGCAGCAACAGUAGCAGCACCACCGGAGGAGGGUCCCAGCAGAGGUCAGAGUCUAUCAAAUCUGACCACAGCGCAACAGCAGCAGCAGCAGCAACAGCAACAGCAGCAGCAGCAAAAGCAGGAGUCUUGCAGUGUGUCUCCUUCUAGGCCCCGUGCAGCAGCAGCAGCAGCAAUACCGUGGCCCGGCAGUACUGCAACGCCUGCAGCAGCAGCAGCAGCAACUUCUGUUUCUCCUUAUGAGGCCCGCCCUCAGUCUCCCCAUGGAGUUAGCCGCCCCCGGCAAUACCCGGCAGCAGCACAAGCAGCAGCAGCAGCAGCAGCAGCAGCAGCCACAGUAGCAGCAGUGGCAGCAUGGGGAGCCGCAGUGGCACCCCCGCAGCAGCAGUCGCCCGCACAGAGAACCUUUGCUGCUGACACAGCAGCAGCAGCGGCUGCAGCAGCAGCAGCCGCCGCAGCAGCAGCAGCAUCUAGAUCCUUUGACGCUGCUGCUGCAAACGGUACAGGCGACGCUGCAGCAGCAGCAGCUGCAGCAGCAGCAGCUGCAGCAGCACCGCCUGCUGCUGCUGUGGCUGCUCCCGUUGCUGCAGUGGGAGAGCCUUCUCUACAGCACCCCGCGUUUUGUCUGCAACGAGCAGCAGCAGCAGCAGCAGCAGCCACAAGAGAGGCGCACCACGCUCGGCUAAUCUGCUGCUUUUUGCUGCAGCAGGCAGUACAGCAGCAAGCAGCAGGUGGGCAGACGGACUCUGCUGCUGCUGCUGCUGCAGCAGGCACUCUCGGGUCGCUGCCCCACAAAGUGCUGCUGCAGCAGCCCUUGUCUGUAGCAGCUCUGCCUGCCUUGAUCAAGAAAGCAGCAGCAGCAACAGCUGCAGCAGCAGCAACUGCAACGGCAGCAGCAGCAGCAGCGCAGCUCCGGCGGCGGACGCUGCAAAGUUCAGGGGCGGAGGUCGCGGCCUUCAUAGCCCAAGCCAGCAGCAGCAGCAGCAACAGCAGCAGCAACAGCAGCAGCAGCAGCAGCAGCAGCAGCUUGUGUGGGGUUCCUGCUGCACUGCCAAUGCUGAAGGUAGAAGGAGAAGGCCCUUUGAAAGCAGUAACUGAGGUGUAUCCGCACCGGCUUGCUGCUUUCUUGCUGCAGCUGCAUGCACGCAGCAGCAAGAGCGAGCAGCAGCAGCAGCAGCAGCAGCAGCAGGCGCUCGGCGCGGCGCAAAGUGCGCAGCAAAGGAGGUUCCUGCAGCACCAGCAGCUCUAUGAGCAGCAGCAGCAGCUGCUGCAGCAGCACCACCUCCGCAAGCAGCAGAGAUACGAACAGCAGCAGCAGCAGCAGCAAGAAGAAGGCCUCAUGCUGCAGCAGCAGCAGCAGGAGGCGGAGCUUGAGGCCCUUCUCAGCGAACCCACAGCGAAAAACCAAACCUCCCACCAGCUCGACUCCGAAGUUCGCGCCCUCCUCUCCACCCUUACGUCUAAGCAGCAGCAGCUGCACUAUAGGAAGAUCAUUGUAGAGGGGCUUACGGACGAACGUUUAGGGGACUGCAGCUACCUGGACACUUGCCGGCACAUUGAGAAGUGCCGUUUUGUUCACUACGAAUUUGAAGAAAGGCCGAAAGAAGAACCCCUUCAUCCCUUUUCAAUCGGCCCCCAGUGCCUCACAGAGAAGUACCCAGCGCAGUGGAUCCGUUGCGACAUACGGACAUUAGAUUUUUCAAUUUUCAAACCCUUCGUAGAUGUAGUGAUGGCAGACCCUCCCUGGGACAUUCACAUGGACUUGCCCUAUGGCACCAUGACGGACGACGAGAUGCGCAGCCUCAGAGUCGACUUGAUUCAGGACGAGGGUUUGUUGUUUCUUUGGGUUACGGGUAGAGCCAUGGAGCUCGCAAGAGAAUGCUUGCAGCUGUGGGGCUACCGGCGCGUGGAGGAGAUAUUGUGGGUAAAGACAAACCAGCUGCAGCGCAUUAUAAGGACGGGCCGGACAGGCCACUGGCUAAACCACUCAAAAGAACACUGCCUGGUCGGGGUCAAAGGAAACCCCAAAGUAAACCGCAACAUCGACUGCGACGUAAUCGUCAGCGAAGUUCGCCAGACUUCCAGAAAGCCAGACGAAAUCUACAGAAUGAUAGAGCGCAUGCGCCCAGGCACUUUAAAGAUCGAGUUGUUCGGGCGGCAGCAUAACAUCCGCAACAACUGGAUCACUCUAGGGAAUCAACUCGAAGGGGUCAAACUGGAAGAGCCCGCGGAGCUCGCCCAGAGGUACAAAGCAUUUGUUCAGCAGCAGCAGCAACAGCAGCAGCAGCAGCAGCAGCAGCCGCAGCAGCCGAGUGGAGCAGCGGACAAUCUAGAGAGCACGGGGACGGCAGAGCCGAGCCUCAGCCCUUAA